AUGGCAAAUGAAAUAUCUGUUAUCAGCGUGGGAGCUGUGUUCCUGGUUGUGUUGCUAUUGAUGGUACUGAUUUGCACUUCUGGUCAGAGAGAGAAGAAGAAAUACCACAAGGGAAAAGUUGAAUCUAGACUGCUGAAGUAUCUCUAUCAGUUCCUUCCCUGCUCCUCGCCUCCUUCCCUCCCAGGUCCUCCCAGCCUUUUCCUCAUUGGCAACAUGAUGGAGCUGACACGCGAUCAUCUGCCAAUUCACCUGACCAAUCUGGCACAGCAGUACGGAAACAUCUACCGCCUUAAAUGUGGAAACACAACCAUGGUGGUACUUAACAGUAGUAAAGUCAUAAGAGAAGCACUGGUGAAAAAAUGGUCAGACUUUGCUGGGAGACCAGUUUCAUACACAGCUGACAUUGUGUCUGGGGGAGGGCACACAAUAUCCCUGGGGGACUACAAUGAGGAGUGGAGGGCACAUCGUCGUCUCGUACACAGUGCUUUGCAGCGUUGCUGCCAGCAGUCAUUGCAUGACGUGAUUGAGAGAUAUGCACUUGGUCACAUAAAAAAAAAAAAAACGUUGUUUGUCCACUGUUAGGUUUUGAUGGACUAUCAAGGCAGUGCUGUAGAUCUCUCAGAGGAUUUCACAGUGGCAGCCAGUAAUGUCAUUACCACUUUGGCUUUUGGAAAAGAAUAUGAUAAGAGUUCUUUGGAGCUGCAGCAGCUGCACAGCUGCCUGAACGAGAUUGUCGCUCUGUGGGGCUCCUCUUGGAUUUCUGCUCUGGACUCCUUCCCACUGCUCAGAAAAUUACCCAAUCCUGUGUUUUCCCGUCUCCUGAAAGAGGUGGCCAGGAGAGAUGAAAUCAUAAGAAAACAUCUCAACAAUUACAAGCUGUCACAAGACAACAAAAACAAGUAUGCCAUCACAGGAUCACUCCUUGAGGGCCUUGACAAACAUCGGAACACAGAACAUGGAGUACUGACAGAUAUUCACGUUCACAUGGCCACUGUGGACCUUCUCAUCGGGGGAACAGAGACCACUGCAGCCUGGCUGAACUGGACUGUGGCCUUCCUAUUGCACAGACCAGAGGUGCAGGCUAAGGUGUAUGAGGAGUUGUGCAGGGUACUUGAGGGACGAUACCCCAAGUACAGUGACAGACACAGACUUCCCGUUCUGUGUUCUCUGAUCCAUGAGGUGCUCAGACUCAGGCCAGUUGCCCCGCUGGCGGUGCCACACAGAGCCAUCAGAGACAGCAGUAUUGCAGGCUACUUCAUCCCCAGGAACACAGUCAUCAUUCCUAAUCUUUUUGGAGCUCACCAUGAUCCUGCAGUUUGGACUGACCCAUACAGCUUCAAACCAGAGCGCUUUUUGGAAGGGGGAGGAGGCUCCACCCGCGCCCUGGUCCCUUUUGGAGGGGGGGCUCGGCUCUGCCUGGGAGAGUCUGUUGCCAAAAUGGAGCUCUUUCUGUUCACUGCCUACUUGCUGAGAGAUUUCCAGUUCAUCCCUCCUGAGAGCGAGGCCUCUCUGCCCGACCUAAAAGGAGUUGCUAGUGUUGUACUCAAGAUCAAGUCUUACACAGUUAUAGCACAUCCCAGACGUGACUAAUCCUUGAACCACAGAGGGUGUACUGCUUUAAUGUUGUGUGUUUAUUUGUGCGCAAAUAAAUUAUUCAAAAAAACUUUACCAUAUAAAAAUAAUAACAUAACCUUCAUAUGUAUGAUUUUCAUUGGUACUCCUUUACAUUUACCUGUAGUAUUGGAUAUCCUGAUUAAAAUAGUCUUUAAAUUUG